UUGAAAAAUUUACAUUUUUAUGACAUUUAUAUAUUUUCAGAAAAGAAUGGCUGAAAAUAUUCCAGAAGGAACCGAUCUCACAAUUCCAGAGGUAAAAUUUGAAUACCUGGAUCACACUGCUGACGUUCAACUUCAUGCAUGGGGAAACACUUUCAAGGAAGCAUUUGAGAAUGUUGGUAUGUCUAUGUUUGGAUAUAUGACGGAUAUUGCUACAGUGGAUAUGACAAAGCAGGUGGAGGUGGAAGCUAAUGGUGAUGAUCUUGAGGGAUUACUAUUCCACUAUUUAGAUGAAUGGUUAUACAUUUUCAGUGCAGAAGAUUUUUUUAUUCCCAGGAAGAUUGUGAUCACAGAGUUUGACCUGGAAAAUUUCAGAAUUAAAUCAGUCGGAUACGGAGAGGAGUUCAAUAUUCAAAAGCAUCCGCAGGGCACUGAGGUGAAAGCGAUUACCUACUCUGCCAUGAAGAUCUAUGAUGAACCAGACAAAAAAGAGAUUUUCUGUAUUAUUGAUAUUUAAUGCUUGAAAACUUGGCACAAGCCCCCCCCCCCUCGUUCCUGAUUCUUUAUUUUACUCCCCCCCCCCUUCCCUGUUAGUUUUCAACCAUUAGAGAGAUCCAGCUUGCAACCCCUGGCCGUUCUUACUCUGUUUGAAACUUUCAUUUCAAUCUUAAUUUGAGGAUUACAUUUCUGCUCAAUUUCAGUUCAAAUACAUUUUAAAAUGAUUAGUUUAAGAUUCCCUUCAUACCCUGGGGUAUCAUAUUUAAAUAUAUACUCUUAUAAAUUAAUUCCCCCCCAUGAUCUGUCCAAAACCCCUACAUUUAUAAAAAUAAUAAUACAAUGUAUGGACAGAAAACAAAAUGUUAUAAAGCUGUGAUAACAAAUUAAAUUGUUAGUUUUAUACCUCUAAGAAACCCCAAUAUCAUUGUUUAAUAAUUAAGUGUACUGCAGAUUUUGGGAGGAAUGUAAACAAAUUUAAGGCGUGGCAAGGGCAGAGUUAAGUUUUAUUCCCCAUGAAAACGCAGUGCACUACGUUUUUAAUCAAAGACAAGAAAAAUUUA